CUUCCCGUGACUGCUCGCUUACCCAGGAAGUCGUCGUGUUACUUCUCCUCCUCCUCCUCCUCCUCCUCUUUCCAGCCUUGUGAGAAACCAGAGAAACCAAAGGGGUGUAAAGUUGCAUUUGUAAGCGGGGGGAAACCAGCAAGAGGACGGCUCCACACCGGCUCCACACCGGCCUCUCCGCUCCUGUCCUUCAACUUUUGCAGGUUGUCACCCGGAGACAUGCGUCCGAGAAGGAGACGCGCUCAGAGGGGAGGAAGAGGAUAUUAAAAGUUGAGGAUCUGUCAGAAUUGCAACUUUUUCACAAGAUGACUCCCGUCCAUCAAAUUUCGUCCAUCUUCGCCCUCCUUGAGACUGUUCUGUGUCGUUAUAACUUUAGCAACUUCACAGUGAGCCAACAAAGUGUAUUUUCCAGAUCUCUGAUUAUGUGCUUGUGAUGAUACACGGGCUGCCCUCGACAUUUCCCAUUCCUGUUGUCUGUAAAAAGUACACGUCUUUCUAUUCAGACCCGGUCCUCCUAAUCCACCUCCCUCCUUCCAAAUUUUCUGUGCCAUGCUUCGCAAGAGAGGCUCUCUCAUUAUUUGUGGUACGUUCCUGUUUAUAACCUGGAACGCCAUACUGGUGCUUCUGCUGUGGGGCAGACCCCCAAACGGCCAGCCGGGCGAGCCUGGCCGAGAGCAGGGGGAAGUGGCUCCGAGGCCCACUAAUGACGUGCUGGGAGAUGUGCUCCGCAUGGCGGACACCUUCGAGGCAGAGCUCGAACUGCAGAAAAACAUCCUGCUGCAGAUCAAGAAACAGCAGUCGCUGUGGGAGCCGCCAAACAAAAACGGACCAGAGGCCGUCGUCCCGCGUCAGCCCGUCAUUCCCAUCCUGGUGAUCGCCUGCAACAGGGUCACCGUGAGGCGCUGCUUGGACAAACUCCUGGAGCUCCGUCCUUCUGCGGAGCUUUUCCCAAUCGUAGUGAGUCAGGACUGUGGACACGCCGAAACCGCUGAGGUGAUCCGCUCUUAUGGAAAUCAAGUAAUUCAUCUGAAACAGCCGGACUUGGGAGACAUCGCGGUGCGACCGGAGCACAAGAAGUUUCAGGGUUACUACAAAAUCUCCAGGCAUUACCGCUGGGCUCUCAACCAAGUGUUCAAGACCCUCUCUCAUUCCUCUGCCGUGAUUGUGGAGGAUGACCUCGAGGUGGCGCCAGACUUCUUUGAGUACUUCCAAGCCCUGCUGCCACUCUUGAAAUCUGAUCCCAGUCUGUGGUGUGUGUCGGCCUGGAAUGACAAUGGCCGUGACGGCUACGUGGAUCCCAGCAAGGCUGACCUGCUCUACAGGACAGACUUCUUUCCUGGUCUCGGGUGGAUGCUCCUCAGGGAGCUGUGGGAGGAACUGGAGCCCAAGUGGCCCGCCUCGUUCUGGGACGACUGGAUGCGUCAGCCAGAGCAGCGCCGCAACCGCGCCUGCAUCCGGCCAGAGAUCUCAAGAACUCUAACCUUUGGCCGGAAAGGUGUGAGCCUGGGUCAGUUUUACGACAAGUACCUGCGAUACAUUAAACUGAAUACCGAAUUUGUGCCUUUCACCAAGUUAGACCUGAGCUACUUGAAGGAGAAGACAUACAGAGAACAUUUUGAGAAGGAAGUUUACAGCGCUCCCCUGGUUACAUAUGAAGAUGUUAAGCAAGGGCAGCUAAAAGGAAGUGGGCCCUUCCGCCUUCAAUACUCAAGAAAGGACAGUUUCAAAGUGCUGGCCAAAAACCUGGGAGUCAUGGAUGACUUGAAGUCUGGCGUCCCGAGGACAGGAUACAGGGUUGUCAGUUUCAUCUCAAGAGGACGCAGGAUCUACUUGGCCCCUCCUCCAGGGUGGACCCAGUAUGAUCCCACCUGGAGCUGAUGAUCCAGAAGAAAGUCUGUGUGCAUCUCUGAAUGUCAGUUGGGGAAAGCAAUCCUGACCAAAGACUGAUUGUCUUUUAAUGAAUGAAAAGUACUUUAGAUUAUCGUCUAUAAUAAUGCAGAAUGGAUUGUCUUUCUUCUGGUGUUGGGGUUAUUGCCAAUGCUACUCAGGUCUCUCUUUUCAUUAUUUUAAAGCCUAAACAGUUUGUCAGACAAGACUGCUGCAGUUCACUAGAGAUCUAUUUUUAUAUUCUGCUAAUUGUGCACAUGCCAUUCAUUUAUGCAUUCAAUGCAAUUACCUUAGUUUGCUAAUUAUUGUUAAUAAUUUGCAAUUUCUGAUGUUUAUGUCUGGUACAAAUCUGAAAAUAUAAUCAGUGGUAUGGUUGCUUAUGGUGGUGGUGACAGGUCAUAACUGCAGUAUAAUCCAAACGUUUGAUUCUCAUUGUUUAUUUUUCUAUGAAAAUCACUUCUUCCUGCUAAAUUAAUUUUGUUGAACGAUCCUCCAAUGUAGUACAUCUUGCAAGGUUUCUUACCUGUGUUUGUAUAUUUUUGGAAUAAAAAAAAAUACACAAUUAAAAUUGCUUAAUUAAUGUACACACAAUGCCAGCAAUGUAAACAGGUGAACUAUUAUUGUCAUGAAUGUAACUGGUUAAUGUAAGCUGCAAAUUCAAAAAAUA